UGGGGAUGCUAGUGCCUACUGCGCUGGCUGCUCGGCUGCUGAGCCUGUUCCAGCAACAGCUGGGUUCCCUCUGGAGUGGCCUGGCCAUGCUGUUCUGCUGGCUGAGAAUAGCAUUGGGGUGGCCAGAUCCUGGAAAGGGACAGCCACGGGUCCGGGGUGAGCCCAAGGAGACUCAGGAGACCCACGAAGAUCCAGGCAGUGCUCAGCCCACAACCCCCGUUAGUGUCAACUACCACUUCACGCGUCAGUGCAACUACAAAUGUGGCUUCUGCUUCCACACGGCCAAGACAUCCUUCGUGCUGCCCCUGGAGGAGGCCAAGCGAGGACUGCUUCUGCUCAAACAGGCUGGUAUGGAGAAGAUCAACUUUUCAGGAGGAGAACCCUUCCUACAGGACAGGGGUGAAUACUUGGGCAAGCUCGUGAGAUUCUGCAAGGAGGAGCUAGCCCUGCCCUCUGUGAGCAUAGUGAGCAAUGGCAGCCUUAUCCGAGAGAGAUGGUUCAAGGACUAUGGAGACUAUUUGGACAUUCUUGCUAUCUCCUGUGACAGCUUUGAUGAGCAGGUUAAUGUUCUCAUUGGUCGUGGCCAAGGGAAAAAGAACCAUGUGGAAAACCUUCAAAAGCUGCGGAAGUGGUGCAGGGAUUACAAGGUGGCUUUCAAGAUCAAUUCCGUCAUUAAUCGCUUCAACGUGGACGAAGAUAUGAAUGAGCACAUCAAGGCGCUGAGCCCUGUCCGCUGGAAGGUUUUCCAAUGCCUCCUGAUUGAGGGUGAGAACUCAGGAGAAGAUGCCCUGAGGGAAGCAGAAAGAUUUCUUAUAAGCAAUGAAGAAUUUGAAGCAUUCUUACAGCGUCACAAAGAUGUGUCCUGCUUGGUGCCUGAAUCUAACCAGAAGAUGAAAGACUCCUACCUUAUCCUGGAUGAAUAUAUGCGCUUUCUGAACUGUACCGGUGGCCGGAAGGACCCUUCCAGGUCCAUCCUGGAUGUUGGCGUGGAGGAAGCGAUCAAAUUCAGUGGGUUUGAUGAGAAGAUGUUUCUGAAGCGCGGGGGGAAGUAUGUAUGGAGUAAGGCUGACCUGAAGCUAGACUGGUGAGGUGAGAUUGGACGGAGACUCUAACCAGCUACGAGGAGUCCACGAGCAGCCGCUCGCCACCACGCACAUCUGGCUGUCUACGGACUGUUGCUACUGAGAAUGCACUCUAUGUUCUUUCUUUCAGUUUGACUGAACUAAGAAAGGAGUAAAACCAUUCUGUGAACCCUUAUACAGCCGAUAAGGGUCCUCCACAGGGAAGGAGUUCAGUUCACAGAGGAACAAGGUCCAGCGAUCUCAAAGAACUCACAUUUUAUUUGUAUUCGAAUUUUUGUAUGGAUCGUUACUGUGAAUCCCAUGUUUCCUUUUCCCUUUCUGUUCCCCCAUGAGAAACUGGGUUAUUUUCUGCUAACUAUGCCAGUUUUGUCAACAGGAAGGAUCACAAAACACACCCUGCGAUUACUGCUGACUGUUCUAAUGCUUUUCUGCUUUGGAAUCUCGGACUUUUUGCUCAGAAAUAUAGAAUCAAGAAGUGUGUUAUAGAGCCGUACGUGAGAACCUUACUCUUUUGCAAGGAGCAUAUGGAAGGAGGUACUUCCGAGGACGUGUGUUCAUGGCCUCAGCCUCUGCUGCUGCUGCUGCUUCAAGGAUGGCUGUUCUAUAUCGUACCAAUUCCUUCAAGGUUCUGGACAAAGCCAAGGUACACUUUACCUUUCAUGGCAUGGCCGUGAAGAUGGCACUGACAGCCGCAACCACCCCAGCACUGAGGCUGCCUGAGUCUGUCAGGCUAAAAGGUUGUCCCACUUUUCUGAAAAGCUACAAGGGCUCUUCUGCACAUCCAGCAGAAUCAUGACAGGAUGGGCAUGGAGGACUCUUCAGGAGUAUGAAAUGUGGCUGCUGCUCCUUACCAUAUUUCUCAUGAAACUCUGAAAUAAGACCUAGUAGUCUAGGUCACCAUGAGAAAAUAAUUUCUUCUCUACAUCAAAUAAGCAAAAGAGAGAACAUGAACUAGCCCAAAUCUUCUUCCUGUGGAAACAUUGCCUGAGUUUAUUCAACCUAGACAGCCUCACUGCUUGGAAAAUAAUUCCCUGGAAAUUAAAUAAAUACCAUGGAAAAUUUUGUUUUGUCCAAGAAAUUGAACUCCUCUGCAAUCCCACUGUGGCCACUAGAGGGCACCAGGAAGUCAGACUUCAUUAAGUGUCUCAGAGACUUUUCUUCAGUCUGUUUUUAGGAUUUGGUGAAUUUUAAUUCUGUUCCUUAUCUGUUUUGUCUUUGUUUUUUGUUUUGGUGCCUAUUACUAAAAUUAAUGCUAAACAUUUUCCAAGGAACUGGAAUUUUGGCCAUUUACAAAAGGUCUUCAUUCUUUAGUGAGGUCACUAUAAUUCAACUAAGACAUACUCUGUCUCAUUAAAAAUAGGUCAGGUUUUCUGUGUUUUCUGUCUUGUUUGUGUGUGUGUGUGUUUACCUAUUUUUGCUUGAAUAUAGAUAUAACUAUGUAUCCCAGGCUAGCCUGGAACUCAUGAUACCUCUGCCUUAACCUCCCCCUCUUAAGUGCCAGGGAUUACCCAACUCCUGUACAGAGAUUUUUAAGAGAAGUUUGAGUCACAUUCCCCCCUGCAGAUUGUGAUUUUUUUUUAAGUUAAGUCCUGUGUACUUAGUUCACCUGGGAAACCAUGACAUCCCCGAGGACAUGGGCAGACACCCACUUGGUCACACGACAGAGGGAAGCUGCAUGUCUCUUUCCCUAAUUAAAGUAGAGCAUGAAGAAAGUAUGAUUGGAAAGUGAGCCAUCAUUCUACAUGUACCCCCAACCCCUUGUGCAUGCACCGGAGGUGGGAGAUCUCUGUGCUUAAAAUAUUGAAAAGUCCCCUUUCCUUAAAGGGAAAAAUUACGAUAUUUUACUAUCAUAGUAAAAAUCAAACUUGGAUUAGAUCAUACAUUGGUUUGCUUUUUCAGUGUUAAAUCUGGGUGUUCAUUUUGUAAAGCAUACGCUCCCUGCUGGGGAAACGAGGAGUGAUCUAGUUGACAUUUGUUAAGUGUGACCAGCAGAUACCUUGUGUCCCAUGAUUGAUUUAUGCAGAGCAGUAAUACUGGGAAGGGGGAUUUACUUAAGAACAUCGAAGGGUAGGACAUCCCACACUGAUUUCAAAGUUUUGGCGUCUUUAUUAUAAUGUGUUCAACGGUAAAAAAAAAAGUCAUGGGUUGUUUUCUUUGAAGCUGAAAGUCUCAUGGUGUUAUUUACCUAAAUUAUCUGAAAAAUUUAAAAGGGGCCCAGGUUUCAUUCUGCGUUGGAGUUUGGGGGUCUAAUUGUUGCAUAAAUAAGCAGGCAACCAAUCAUCAGAGGUUGACUCCUCCCAUCAAUAAUUCAGCUCGUGUUUUACCCUUUUGAUGGACUGAUGUUGUUUCAUAAGCUAUUAGUCGUCCAAGAACAAUCAUGCAGGCCUCAUGUGAAUGUGUUCAGAUGAGGUUUGAUGUUCGGGAUACAUGUGCAUGUAUCUCCCUGUAGAAUGACACUGUAUUUUGAGGCAUUGCUCUAAUGUAUGGAAACGUGAUCUGUGUAUUAAAAUGUUCUAUGCAUGACCU